UCAAGGAAAAUUGAAAACGUCAAGCUGCCGGAAACUCGUAUGAUGACGGAUCAUCCCCCAGACCUGUCAAUCGCUCAUUUAUGCCUAUAUCUUCUUCACCGUGAUUCUUUGGCUCCUAACUUCUUACUGAAAUGAUCAGGGAUUUGAAGUCCGACAUACUAUGUCCCGCGAUGCUGAUGCUCUUGCGGAGUUCUUGGCAGAUUUUAAGGACUGCAAGAGCAUUGUCGACUUGGUCGAGCAUCCACGAAAAGGAUGCCAUACCAUAGUCGCUGUGCUGUCUGCUCAAAUUGUUGGCUUGGCAAUGAUUGAGGAGACCGUUCCUGUGGAAGCUCUGACAACGCAGUUUUGCGUCAAGUCCUUCAUCAAUCUGGAACAUCACCCUCCAGCAAACCAAGCGUGCGUUACUCUUUUGGCACUGAGUCCAAUUUUUCGUCAUCGCAGAAGACUAUUCCUGAGAGAGAUCAUGCGCCAGACAGAGAAAACGCUGCUCUACUGCCCCAUUUUUCCAGACCAGGAUCUUCCCGACGUUAUUGAAGACAUGCUGCUAAUUCCCGCAAGACAACACGUUUAUAUGAGCCCCUCUCAGAAGUGGGGCAGACAUCCCGAGACUAUUGGACCGUCCAAAAGAGCCUUACGGCGAGGGUCAGUUGCAAACUUCUCACCAAGGGGACUAUUUUCCGGAUUCGACUGUGCGCUUUACUUCACCACUCACAGGCUUACAAGCAGGCACAGGAUUCCUGUCAACUCGAAAAUUUUAGUUGCCGGUGCGUCGCGCACCGCGGAGGCUUUUCUUCACAAGCUCAUUGCGAAUCCUCUGAUGCAGUUUACAAACGUCACGUUGGUAUCUCCGUGCGGUUUUAUGGGAUUCUCGUCGUCAGCAGCUUCCAUUCUCGACGUAGAAUCAGGCCCGGCACGGUGCUUCAGUAAGCUCGGGAUUGAUUGCCAGGUCGGACUAAAGUCGUCUCUCGUGACUGACUUCGACAGAGAAGCGCAGACGAUAACACUCAAGAACGGGGAAGUUCUAUCGUAUGAUCUCUUCAUUAUGACAACCGGGAUGCAAGACCAGACGGGGUGCAAGCUUGGGAUCAGUGCAGUGAAGGAAGUUAUCCGGGCGGAUGAGUUCCUUGCGAGGCUGGACGUCAUUACAGGGUCACUUGAGAAGCUUAAAGUCCCCCGCGAAGUCCUUGUCGACGGUGAAGGUCACGCAGUGGUUUACGGCUCCACUUUAGAAGCUUUCUACGUUAUCCAGCUCUUGCUUUCCAGAGGACUGAGGGGAUCGAACAUCGUACUGUGCCACGCUGAGAAGAAGUUGACGAACAAGUACGUCCACGGGGAUGCAAACAUUUUGAGUUGUUUGCUGGAGGAGCUGGCUUGGUGUCAAGUAGCUGUCAAGUCGGGUUUGAAGCUUGUUGGAGUCACUACGAACGAGUCCGGAAGUUUGAAGGCAGCGAAGUUUGAAGCUCAGGGUGAAGAAGAGGACGAGAAAAUCCACCACGAGCUCCCGUGUUGUCUCUUGGUGACCUGCGAGCGGAAGCAAGUCGACAUCCCUCUUUUCAACGUGAUGAGAAGGGAGAACAUCAUAUUUGAUGGACGUGUGAUUGUGGACGGAAAGUUUCAAACGAAUGACCCACUCAUUUAUGCUGCUGGGACUGCUUGCAAGUUUAGCCGAAACUGUGGAAAGCUGCCGAAGCUUGAGACUUUCUGUUCCCAAGAGGUUGGCGAAGCUUUGGCAGCAUCACUGAUCUCCCGGUUCAACAGUCAUCUCCCAGAUGUAGGCAAGCUAUGGCUGAGCUAUCUACCGUGGUUUCCUGAGAAAACGAAGGAUUGCGGUGGCGGGAAGAAGUGGCCUGCGCCAGUUACGCCACUCUUGGGCCGACCGAAAUGCACUGGUGGAAUUCUCCCUGGCGGCGUUCAGCUUUUCAGCAUUGUGCUUCCCAGUUGUCACACUACGAACUGGGACGACUUGCGGAUCUACUCCAUGCUAACCAAGUUCAGCAACUUCUACGCGAGAGUGGACAUCGCAGAGAACAAGCAGCUCGCCAGGAUCCUCUACGCCGGGAAGGUGAAGGCAGACGCUUGGAAAUUCAGCCAAGUCGUCGGGCUUCCAGUGUCUCUUCUCAACAGUCUUCCGAGAAGAUAUAGCGACGGAAGCUUGAAUGACAUCAUGAACUUCCUCUUGCAACCGUGGUCAUCAGUGCUCUUCCACGACGAUUUCCUCCCCUUCUACACAAACCUGACGCAGAACGUUGUUGACACAAGCAAGAGCCACCCGAAAGGAGGGCCUGACGUCUCCUCGUUUGAGAGCUGCGACAAGAUCGACCCGGAGCUGGCGGAAGCAAUCUCCAGGCUGGUGAGAAAGGAACUCCUCAAGUUCAUCGAGAAGCAUCGGCUGGAGCUACCGAUGUACACUCUCCCGCGGAAGAAGGUGGACCUGCGGCUGCUGCUUCCUAGAGUUAUUUCCUCGGACGACGUAGAGGUGGUGGAGAAGAAGAAGCAGACGGCCGCGGCGGUGGCAGCAGCUGCAUCGGCAGCACUUGUCACUGCCUCAGACCUCAUCAACACCGCAUUCGAGCAGCUGAUCCAGAAGGCCGAGACCGAGGAGCGGGACAAGAAGACGAUCAAAGAGAUUGUUGGUCAGCUGGUGCAAGGGAUGGAGGAGCUCAAACCGGUGCUGCUCACGCUCAGGGGAGAGGGAUACAUUGGGCCGACUGUGGAUCAUCUUAUCAAGGAGAUCGAUAAGAAGGUACUGUCCAUUUCCGUGUGGGACGAGAGCUUGGAUCUGGAAGGCAGGGAAGACGAAGAACAGAUCAAACGAGCCAUUCAAGGGAUGAUUGGGCUGUUAGAGCAGUCAUCUCCCGUCAUGCUGGCUCUAGAUCGAGUAGACUGACAUGCAUUGUGUUUAUAUAAUCACAAGAUAUUUUGUCACUAUAUUUAUAUUGUAUAACUGUUAGAUACAUAUUUUAAAAAACACUAUUAUAUAAUUGUAA